AUGACAACCAUAGAGACAUAUAGUCGUAAAGAUUCCUCGUAUGAUAGAAAUGUUGAAGUCAAGGCUUUUGAUGAAACAAAACUUGGGGUGAAAGGGUUGUUAGAUUCUGGGAUCACGAAGAUCCCACGAAUGUUCCACCAUGUCAGGGACAACACUGAAACUACACCAAGUAACUUAAAGUUUCAUGUGCCUAUCAUAGACUUGAAAGACGUAAACACGAACUUAUCCCUGCGUGUUGAAGCACUUGACAAGAUUACAAAGGCAUGCAAGGAAUGGGGAUUUUUUCAUGUAGUGAAUCAUGGUAUUAGUGUUGAGGUUUUGGAUGAAAUGUUAUGUGGAAUUCGAAGGUUUCACGAACUAGAUGAUGAGGAGAAGAAAACCUUUUACUCAAGGGAUCGAAGUAAGAAAGUUAGAUAUUUCUCUAACGGUAGCCUUUUUAGAGACCCUGCUGCUAAUUGGAGGGACUCAAUUGCAUUUUUUUCUUCUCCUCACCCUCCUAAUCCAGAAGAAAUUCCAGCAGUGUGCAGAGAUAUAGUGGUUGAAUAUACAGAGAAAAUAAGGGCAUUAGGCUUAACAAUGUUUGAGCUAUUCUCAGAGGCUCUUGGCCUUCCUACAUCUUACCUGAAUGAAUUGGACUCUAUAGAGGGAGAAUUUCAUUUGUGUCACUACUAUCCACCAUGCCCUGAACCUGAAUUAACCAUGGGUACUUCAAAGCACACCGAUAUUAGCUUCAUGACAAUUCUUCUACAGGACCAUAUUGGUGGUCUUGAAGUUCUUCAUAAGAAUCAGUGGGUUAAUGUUCAUCCAGUGCAUGGAUCUCUUGUUAUAAAUAUUGGGGAUCUUCUACAACUUUUGACAAAUGACAAGUUUAUCAGUGUGUAUCAUCGAGUCUUAUCAAGGGAUAUAGGACCCCGAAUUUCAGUAGCAAGCUUCUUUACAAGCUCAUUUCCACAUUACGCAUCAAAGAUUGUUGGUCCAAUAAAAGAAUUGUUAUCAAAAGACAAUCCACCAAUCUAUAAGGACACUACUAUAGAAGAUGUCGCAGCCCAUUAUCAUAAGAAAGGCCUUGACGGAAAUCGUUCCUUGCAUCCCUUUAGGUUGUGCAAUGAUUGAGAAUUCUA